UUUUGGGUCCUGCAGAUAAAAGUUUGUAACCACACUGCCUCUUUUUUUGACCCGAGCCAUGGCCAAGACCAGCCGCUACGCAGCCGCCCCCCAGGCAGACCCUCCCGCCAAGGCGGUACCCAACGGGACCCCGGCCUCCACCCCUCAACCUGCCGAGGACUCCAUGCAACUGAAGAAGGAGAUCUCCCUGUUGAACGGCGUCUGCUUGAUCGUGGGCAACAUGAUUGGCUCGGGCAUCUUCGUCUCGCCCAAGGGCGUCUUGAUGUACAGCAACUCCUACGGCCUCUCCCUCGUCAUCUGGGCCGUCGGGGGCCUCUUCUCCGUCUUCGGGGCCCUCUGCUAUGCCGAACUGGGCACCACCAUCAAAAAGUCCGGGGCCAGCUACGCCUACAUCUUGGAGGCCUUCGGGCCACUGUUGGCCUUCGUUCGCCUCUGGACCUCCCUCCUCAUCAUUGAGCCGACCAGCCAAGCGGUCAUCGCCAUCACCUUCGCCAACUACCUGGUGCAGCCCAUCUUCCCGUCCUGCGAGGCACCGUACCUGGCCGGCCGCCUCUUGGCUGCCGUCUGUAUCUGCCUACUCACUUUCGUGAACUGCGCUUACGUGAAGUGGGGCACCCGGGUGCAGGAUCUGUCCACCUAUGCCAAAGUGCUCGCUCUUAUCGCCGUGAUCAUCGCGGGAAUCAUUUGCAUCGGACAAGGACGCUCUGAGAAUUUUGCCGACUCUUUCGACGGCUCCUCUUGGCAAGUGGGGAACAUCGCUUUGGCCUUAUACUCGGCCCUCUUCUCCUACUCUGGAUGGGACACCCUCAAUUUCGUCACCGAAGAAAUCAAGAACCCUGAAAGGUCAGCGUUAAAAUUGCGACGUCGCGUUGCUAGGAAAAUAUGA